AUGGAAUACCACCCACACAGCGGCCAUGUGACCUCUAUAGACACAUUCUUCACCUUUAGAUACAAAGAGCAUCAACAGUCAUCUGUCAUCAAUGAUGAACCCUGGCAGCCUUUUUCCUGUCGUGCGGACUUUGAGCUUGCUGAACUUGCACACCAGGCUACCUUGAACAAGAAUCAAACAGAUGAGCUGUUGUGGCUCAUCUGGAGAAUUGCUGAUGGCCAAGCCAAAUUUACGUUGAAGUCUCAUGGCAAUGUUUUGAAAGCCUGGAACAGGGCAGCCGGUCAAAUGACACCUUUCGAGAAGCACACCAUCACCGUCCAGCACAAGUGUGAGGAUCUUAAGUAUGAUGUAUAUACAUGGCUAUUGUGGGACUGGGCCUUAGACUUGUUACAAGACCCACUGCUGGCACCCCAUUUUUUUUGGAUGCACAGCAAUGGACUCGGCGGUGGGCAAAUGGUUGGCUGGCUCCCAAUAGUUCCUGACAACUCUGAUGAGGAUGGAAAACUCACGUAUGUCAAUCUCAAAUGUGUCAUAUGGCACAAGGCAUUCUUCAAGCUACUGGAAACUAUUAUAAUCUAUGCUGAGACAGGGUAUGUGUACAUGUGCUAUGACAGCAUCAUGAGAUGGCUGUAUGUGUUCAUCUUGCUCUUAUUGGCCGAUUAUAAAGAGCAGUGCAUGAUGGUGCUAAUAAGAGGAACCAAUUGUCACUGUCCCUAUGCAAAAGCUUUGGUGGAGCUAUGGACUAGGGACCAUGUAGCUGGAGAAAAGACACCCAAAGAACAGGGCCUACGGCCUAUUGAGAAUGUCUUCUGGAAAGUCCCAAACUCCAAUCCUCACUACACAAUUUCGCAGGACCAUUUACAUGUGUAUCAUAUGGGUCAAUGGAAACAUCUUUUUGGUGAGCUCAAACAAUGCCUUGCAGCCCUUGGAUGCAAUGCCGACAAGAAACUGGACGACCAUGAUGGUAACAAACUUCAGGAUAUCUCCAAGCAAAUCUUGUAUGCCGCUCAGAACAUACUUACACGCACAGCGGAUGAAGUUGGCUAUGCACUACUACAGUGUAUAGCGAGCUACCUACAUAUCGACAUGUAUAUUUCACUCAAGGUUCAAACUGAAAGCACAAUUGCUGCAGGGAGGGCAGAGGUGUUAGAGUUUCAGAAUCGCUUAGAGGAGUACAUUAAGAUUGUCAAGAAGACUGAACCAGACAUGAUGAAGAAUUGGAACUUCCCGAAGAUUCAUUCUGGAAAGCAUAUAUUCAACAAUAUCAUGGCAAAAGGUACCGCACGGAAUGUCAGCACUCGACCAAAUGAGAAGCAACAUGGCCCAAUCAAAUGUUGGUAUCUAUGGCAAACCAAUCAUAAGGAUAUUACUAAUCAGAUUCUUGAGCUCAAUCAUAGGAGCAUUGUCUCUGAAUUUAUUUGCAGCCAUAUCGAGUGCCUUGAUGAAGCACGAUGCAAACUCAUACUCUCACAGGAAGAACUUAAGGACAUGGAUGAGGAUGAUGAGCCAUUUGAAGAACAUUUUCAUCUUAAUUCACCCCUCAAGAAUCAUACAACCCUUGCGCAGCUGGAGGAAGAGAAUAAAUCAAUUUGUGUGUUUCACCAGUUCUGGAAGAAACUCGCAACAUUUCUCAAUCAUUUCCUUCCCUCCCACAACACACCAUUACCAGAGAAAAUAACGUGGUUGAGGCUUUCAGCACAAGACAGGGUAAAUGCUCUUUCCUUACUGUUAUUCAAAUCUGACAUGAUGUUGAAUUAUGAAUCUACUGCCGACUGGAAGCUAGCUACUGACUACCUGCGGUCCAAUGCAAGUUUCCAUGGCAAAGAGCAGCAUGACUGUGCUCUAAUACACACACAAGACAAGGAUGGCCACGACAAAAAUAUCAUUUACAGCAUUGGUGACCGCACCUUAGAUCUUGUGCUUGUUCUACCCAUAGAUGCCUUAAUUGGCCCACGUUGGCGUAUGGAUCAGGAAUUGUGA